AUGUCAACUCCACACAUAUCAACUGAAGAUUCGGCUGCAAGUCCUAUUUUGUUAGAAAUUGAACCUUCAGCAAAUAAUACCAAUGAAGCAACUCAAAACAAUAAUGAACAGCAACCCGACACCGUUGAUGAAGACGAUGAAAGUCCAUAUGCUCCAAAGAAAAGAAAACGGACAUCCAAAGUGUGGGAUGACUUUAAAGAGGUUACUCUUCCGGAUGGAACAAUAAAGGCUGAAUGUAUUUAUUGUAAACAUCGGCUCACAAUUAAUAAGACUGGUGUUACAUCCCAUUUUUUGAGGCACCUCAAGGGUUGUAUGAGGAAGCAGAUUAGUGAUAAAGGUCAAAAAAAUAUUAGUGUCACUACAACUAUUGUUGAAUCAGAAACUGUUAAUGCUGUCCAGAAUUUCAAGUAUGAUCAUGGGAAGAUUAGGGAGAUUCUUUCUCACAUGAUCAUUGUUCAUGAGUUGCCAUUCCUUUUCUCUGAAUAUGAAAUGUUCAAUUUAUUGAUGAGGACCGCAACUCCAUAUUAUCAGAAGAUUAGUCGUGCUACUAUGAAAAAAGAUUGUACGACUUCUUAUGAAAUUGAGAAGAAAAAAGUUAUGGAAUCAUUAAAAGAUGUGAAUAGGGUUAGUGUGACUACUGAUUUAUGGAAGUCAGAUCAGAAGGUUUCAUAUAUGGUUGUCACCUGUCACUAUGUGGACUCUAGUUGGAAUUUGCAAAAGCGGAAUCUAAAUUUUUUAGAUGUUCCUCCACCUCAUAAUGGUGUUUCUAUUUGUGAUGUGUUAAAUAAGUGCUUGGUUGAAUGGGAAAUUGAGAAUAAGGUAUGGUCAAUUACAGUUGAUAAUGCUAGCUAUAAUGAUGUAGCUGUGAGGAUGUUGAAGGAUAAACUCUCCUAUAAAAAUAAUCUUCCUCUUGGUGGUAAAUUAUUUCAUGUAAGAUGUUGUGCACACAUCUUGAAUCUUUUGGUGCAAGAUGGGUUAUCUGAGAUUCAAGAUAUUAUUUUCAAUGUGCGUGAAAGUGUGAAACAUAUAGCUGCCUCAGAAACUCGUGUUAAUAUAUUUAGUGAAAUUUCAAAGCAAUUGAAACUAUCUUCGAAGAAACUUGUUUUGGAUUGUUGCACAAGGUGGAAUGCCACAUUUUGUAUGGUAUCAGCUGCUUUAGAGUUCAAAGACGUUUUCCCUAGAUAUGCAGCAAGGGAUGCAACUUAUACUUUUUUGCCAAGUGAGGAGGAUUGGAAGAAGUUGUUAAAUGAAGCAAGUGCAGAUGAAGGAAGUUUCAUAGUAGAAAUGGUUAACAAGAUGAAGACUAAAUUUGAUAAAUAUUGGGGUGAUAGCAACUUAUUGAUCUCUAUAGCAACAGUUUUAGAUCCAAGGAACAAGAUGAAGUUGAUUGAAUGGUGUUUUCCAGAGAUAUAUUCAGUUGGUGAUACAAUUGAGCACAUUUCUAUGGUUCGUGAGACAUUACACAUGUUGUGUAAUGAGUAUGUUGAAGCUCAUAAAACUAGUGUUGACAGUAGCAAUGUUCAAAGUGAAACUCAAAGAGAAAGUUCUAUUGGUCGGAGUAAUUUAAAUGGAAGAGGAAGAGUUGCUUCUGAAUCGGCUUUUAGUGUCGGUGGUAGGAUAAUUGAUCCUCAUCGUGCCUCUUUGGGAACAGAUACAGUCCAAAUAUUGCUCUGUGCAUCAGAUUGGUUGCGUGCUCAUUAUGGAAUGAAGAAAAAAUCAAAGUUUGGUUCGUGUGGCUAUGCAUGUGUUGACAUUUCUACAGGUGAUUUUAACGAGCUCGAUUUCGAGCUCGAUUAUGUGCAUAACGAGCUCGAGCUUGAUUAUGUGCAUAAUGAGCUCGAGCCUAACGAGCUCAAGCUCAAGCCUAACAAGCUUGUUUAA